AUGACCCUCCUCCCACGCCAUGAUGGCGUUUUACAAAAGAAGCCUUUGGAAGCCAUCUCAGUCCUUGCCCCGUUCUCAGCGCUCAUUAUCUCGGUCACUUUGCUCGUUCUAUUCUUCAUUCGUUACUACAUCCUCGAAGGAUUCCUCAUCAAAUGGUACUAUCAAAAUAUCUACACAGAUCUCAAUGAGGUCAAUCGACGUGGCUUUAUCAAUCAUCACAUCUCCGCCGCAACAAAGAUCCUCAUCCUAGUCCUGGCAGCUUACCCAUUCAUUUGCCUGAGCUUCGGUAGCUCGACAUUUCAUACCCCCUUUGCCCAUGGCUCCAUUGUGACCAUGGGCGACGUGAUGAUCGUCGCCGCACAGAUCCUCAUCGCAAUGUACAUGACUGAACUCAUCUACCGCUCUAAACUAUCCCCCGUGGCAGUCGCCCACCACACUGGUACCAUCCUGAUAGGACAGUCUGCUAUUGUGAUCAGUCUACGUCUGGCCCGUGAGCCAGACGCAGACAUCGAGUUCAUCCUGUGUACUGUCUGGGGUGCCUUCGAUCUCAUCGCAGAGUUCUUCCCACACGUCGCCAUCAUCCUCUACCGCAUCUACCCCCACCGCCACCAUUUCCUCAGUCGUGUGUUUCUCUUCUCCGCUAUCACAACGGCCUGUGGAACACUGUUCGAGACCAUCGUCACAAUGUGGCUCUUUGGCAGCCUCUGGGAUAGAUGGCAGAUUGCCUUCAAGGUUGUCACGCCUAUCCUACACGUUGCCUUUUCUAUCGCACAAAUGCAUGGGAGUAUGGUGUUCUGGCGUAUGUACAAAAGACAAAAGCAGAUUCUACGGGAGGAACAGGAGAAGCAGGAUAUCGAGGGCAUCUUGAUGCCUUUUGUAGAGCCUCCUAGGCCUCCUAAGGCUUUCUGUGCCUAA